UUAUCACCAUAUGGACAACUAAGAUAUAAACUAAUAGGAGAUGGAGAUUUCCAGCAGUUCUUCAACAUUGAUGCAAAUACUGGAAACAUCACAGUCCGUCGACCUCUGACCUCACAAGAUGUGGCCUCCUAUCAGGGUCGCAUUGUAGCUGAGGACGGAGGCUCUCCUCCACGAUCAGCCACUGCCAUAGCAACCAUCAACAUCCAAAGAAAUCUUAAUCACCCAGUGUUCACCCAGACCGAUUAUAGCAUCUCUAUCUACGAGACUCAGCAAGUUGGACAGAAUGUCAUUACUGUCACUGCCACUGACGCUGAUCAGAUUAGACCUAAUAAUGAAAUCAACUAUGAGAUGACAGACACCACACCCAACCUGAAUGGGGCUGGCUUGAACUUCUUCAGUAUAAGAUCUGAAAACAACAGGGGGGUUAUAUCCAUCGUUCUACCCUUGUAUACUGACAAUCAAGAUACACCAGUGUACACAUUUUCCGUGAGGGCUCGUGACAAUGGAAGUCCUACUCAGUUUUCUGUGGAUCAAGCUACAGUAAGGAUCACCGUGUACAGAAACUUAUUCCCACCCAUCUUCCAAGGGACACCGUACACAGCUACUCUUAACUUCAACAGUGUCAGUGGUAUCACUGUCAAACAAGUCAAGGCCAAAGAUGCUGAUGCACAGAGUCCCCACAACGUUGUGACUUACUCUAUCAUAGGUGAUGCUACAGCACAAACUUUGUUGAGCAUUAACGCUGCCAGUGGUUUGAUCACAACUCGUCAGAGUUUGCUCAAUAACAAUGUGGAAACCUCUUCAAGAUGGGGGCACUUCCAGUCUAUCUGCCACAUCUACAGUAAGCGUCACCAUUUCCAGAAAUCUGAACCCCCAGAGUGGGUCAACACAUCUUACACAGUAAACAUUACAGAAAUCCAAGAUCUGGGAGUCACUAUCACCAACAUGAAUACAAGGGAUGCUGAUACUGCGUUGCCAUACAACACAAGGAUUACAACUUUGACGGGAGAUGCCGACAUGCUGCAAUUUUUCAGACUGACAGCGGAUGGUAGAUUGUCAGUUCAAAGACCUUUGACACUUUCAACAAGGAGAUCAUUCACAGGAACUGUAUCUCUACAAGAUGGAGGAAAUCCUCCUCUGACACCCACUGGAGUUAAAACAGCCACCAUCACAGUGUAUGUGUCCAGAAAUGACCACACUCCAUAUUUUAUCAACGACCCAUACUCCAAGGACUUGGAGGGUAAUAUUCAGACUGGGGCCAGUGUUCUACAGGUCACUGCCAGGGACAAUGAUCAGGGUCCGUUUGGUAUUGUUCGAUACAGAGUAACUGGAGACGAUCUGGCACCUACCUAUUUCCAGGUUGACCCCACGUCUGGUUUGAUUACUGUUAGGAACGUCUUAAGUGGUGUUAAUCAAGAUCAGUUUAAGGUAAGAAUAGAAGCCUAUGACCAGGGAAGCCCCAGCAAGACCAAUGUUACAGUCGUAACCCUGACAGUAAAAAGCAACUAUCAACGUCCAAUCUUCAACCGUCUUUCGUAUGUGGCAAGAAUCCCAGAAACACAGAGUCUAGGUCAACAGAUUAUUGCAGUGACUGCAAAUGACACUGACGCAUUGACACCAAAUAAUGUUGUGAGAUAUUCCCUGACUGCUGGACCAGAGGAUAUUGAGUGUUUCCUUAUUGAUGCUGUGACGGGAAGUCUGUCUUUGAGACGGUCCCUCCUGUAUGACCCAUGUAGAAGUGAUAUAUAUCAGAUUACCGUUACUGCCACAGAUCAAGGUUUGAAUCCUCUCUCUAAUUCAAUUACCAUCACGGUGGAUGUGGAUCGCAAUGCCAAUCCCCCUAUCUUCCAAAACAUUCCCACGAUCAUUUCCAUCAAUGAGAAUCAACUCGCUGGACAGAGCCUUUUCACAGUCACUGCCACAGAUGCAGAUACAGUGAGUCCCUUCAAUGACAUCAGAUACUCCCUGGUGGGCGAUGGCACAGCGACUGUGUACUUCCCAGUAGAUCAAUCAACAGGCCUUGUUACUCUGAGACAGACCGUUCAGGCUGACAAAGCUUCUACAUACAGGCUAUGGUUACUGGCAGAAGACGGGGGAUCUCCUAAGAAAUUUGCUUUUGAAUCAUUGGAUAUUACUGUGAAUAGAAACCUUGCUGCACCGAAGUUUAAUCCUGCUACAUUCGGCAAGACUAUUUUAGAGAAUUUCCCAGUUGGCAGUGAAAUUAUAACAGUAACAGCCACCGACAGUGACUCACGGGCACCAAACAACCAAUUCAAGUUUAGUCUGAAAGGAGAUGCACCUGUAGAUGAUUACUUCUUUAUAAAUCCAGACUCUGGUCAAAUUUCUCUAAAACGGACAGUCAGGGGAAGUGGAUUUGAUCAAUUUAUUAUACAAAUCAUAGCAACGGAUCAAGGAACUCCGCCAUUGCAAGGACAAGCCACAUUAACAGUACAAAUUCAAUUUUCACCUUAUUCAAACGACAGCUGUGAAUUUAAUAUCUAUCCCCCAAUAUUCACAGCACCGUUAUAUUUUGUGAAUAUAUUGGAAGGAAACUACACGAAAAACAACCAAUUUCUUGUACAGAUUUUAGCCUCAGAUGAAGACAGGGGGAGGAAUGGUGAAAUAGUAUUUGACAUCCAAAGUGUUUCAAACAACGGAGCCGAAAAGUUUAACUUAGUUCUAACCGAACAAGAUGAGAAAAUUGCAGUUGUGUGCAUCAGUAGUAUAUCUAGAGGUGAAACCUAUGUUAUAAUGCUCCGUGCAACAGACAGAGCAUUCCCAAUUUAUAGAAGAAGAAGUUCUUCCGUUCCAAUAGAAGUUAAAGUCGGUCCGUUUUUAGUACAUUAAUGUGGAUAAAAGCGGGUUC